UGACGGUGUUUGGCGUUGGUAGAGUGCGCUGGUCUAGUGCUAGUAAUGUAAGCGAAUACGAAUAUUUACAUUAUGCACUAGCAAGAGUAUGCUGCACUUGUGCAAGCAGUGACGAUGAUGGUCAUAUGCUUCCAACAUGAUGCUGCUGUUAAACACCGGUGGAAGCUUACACAUCGAGGAUGCUAUUUGCUAUGUUUCACUAUAUAAAGCGCUAGUUAGCAUUGACUUAACCAUCAAUCUAAAGCAGCCACCGACGUAGAGCUUUCACGUGGAAACCACCAAGUGGACCAGCAUCAUCAAACAUGGGAUCUAAGACGGGACUGUGCUUUCUUAUCGCCACAUUGCUGUUCAUUCAGCACUCCGGCCGUGCGGACGCCUUUGGUUGGUGGUUUCUCUGGGCGGCAUCAACCGAACGAACGGCAUCAACGGCGACGACGCAGACGGUAGCCAACAUACUGGUAGCAGUCGAUCAAUCGGCUAAUGGUCUGCAAAUUGAGGUUGGCAAUCGGGAGAACACUGACUCGGCCGGCAUUGAUGGUGGCACCAACAUCACCAACGUGGAAGUCAAUUAUGCUCGAGCACUGCUGCUCGGAGGAAGUGGUUCCAAUCGGACCUUUAACUCCAAAUUAUUUCCGGACAAUCUGGGCGACAUUAAGGAAGGUAGAGCGAUUCCGGUCUCCAUCUCCCCCGAUACCUGGAUCGAAGGGGUCCUGGAUGCCUAUUACACGGCAGCGAACGAAAGUGGUCUAGGUCGAUUGGAUCAACUUACGGAGCGCUACCAGGAUAUCGCCGGAUACGCUCAGGACGUAGAAGCGAUGCUCGACCGUAUCCGGAUUGCGUUCGGUAUAGAGCUAAACCGGAACUUGCUAACGUUGGAGACGACGGUGAUGCGCUGUGCCCGGAAUCAGGGACUAGACGCUUUGGCCCGCCAUGUCUUUGAAGGUGGAAACGAUUGUGUAAGAGAUCGACUGGACAUUUUGCGCGAAGCUCAGCUUCAAGCGGUUCAAAAUAUCAGCGGACACCUUAUACAGUGGGAUGCGGAGGAGGUACGUGGUGAUAUCGAGAACUGUAAAGAAAACCACGAGGCGGAAUCGAAUGUCAGUGAUCUGUGGACCACCAAUGGAUUUCAAUUGGCAUGCAUUUCUCAGAUUCUACAUCGAGUACAUCAGCAGACGCUACUAUUGUCUUACACCACCGAUCAACUGACAGCAGGUGCUAAUGAGGUUUUGGGCACCGGCAAGGCUCAAAUUCUUCAAUGUGCGGCCGACCUGGUAGAGCUAUCCAAAGAAAGCCUACUGCGAAUUUCAACCAUCAUCAGUGGAUGCCAAGAAACGGUGAAUGUGUAUCUGAAUGAUAUCGAGAAUAAUCCGAAGGUUCUAGUUACCAAUCAAACAGUUGCAACAGUAAACAACUCAUAGCUUACCAUAAAAAGUUGUCUCCAAUUACAAUAAGACACAAAAACGUGCUGUCAUUACUUGCAUCUACCCAUUCAGAGAGCGUUUGUUUUGGUGGC